AUGUGCGAUCCUAACUACAGGAAGAACAUGACAGUGACACCUCGACCAGUGGACGCCUCCGGGAGCACAGUAGGAAUGGUGUCAUCACAGUCAGUUAUGCUGUGCGACAAGGAUUCACUGAGCGGGAGCGAGAUAAAUGACAGAGAAGUAUACUUGCAGACCUUUCGCGCCUUUGUCGUGAAAGAUGACAGCUCAAGAUAUGUCCGAGGGAUUCUCGUCGGAGGCAGCCGGCGACCCUUUGUCACAGAAGAGCUCGUCAGGAAGUUACAGCUGCAGGUACUGGGAGAAACACGGAUUGCACUCAACACGUUCGGCUGCGCAUCUCCAAGUACUGCGGAAAGACAGAAGGUUGUAGAAGAUCCCCUGCGCAGCCAGCACUCUUCCGACACCCGCAUAGUGCGUGCAAUUGUUGUCCCAGUUAUUUGUCACGACAUUGCUUCCCCGAAAGCUGACAGCGACUUCCUUCAUAACCUGCGGCUCGAAGGGAAAUUCAUCGUGGACGAAAAGAAGUUCGACGCGGAGACGGAGAAUGGCCUCAGCUUGUUGAUAGGAGCUGACCAUCCUUGGCAAGUAAUAUCUGGAGAAAUUGUAAAGAGCGCAGAAGUUCCAGGACUGGUAGCGAUCGACACAGCGUUUGGACGGACGCUACAAGGACCCAGUCAGCAAAAAGCCUUUCUGGACUGCGACUCCAGCCUCAUGGUCUGCAUUCUAAAAGUACAAGCAAUUGGUGAUGACGAAACAACGUCACAGAUCUUGCAAUCGUUUUGGCAACUAGAAGCCAUGGGCCUUACAGAUUCGGGAGAAUCUCCGUCCCAUGAGUCUGUUGCAGGAUUCCGUGGAUCUAUUAGCAAGAAAAACAUCAGAUACACCGUGACGUUCCCUUGGAAAGAAGAUAAGAAACCGCUCUUAGGAAACAACUGGGAAAUCGCGCAGUCACGUCUACAAAGACUAACACGGAGGCUAUCGACGAAGGAAGGACUGUUGCAGCGAUACGACAUAGUCAUCCGGCAAUAUGUGGAGUAG